AUGCCGCCCGAAGACGCGGACGAAUCGGAUGCGGCGGACGACAAACGCCGCGGCUGGGCGGCGGGCCUGUGCGCCGGCUGCGCGGAGGCCGACCGGCGGGCUUCCAGGGCGCUGCACGCCCGUCUGGGACGGCGCGUGCCGCGCCGCGGCUACCUGGCCCUCGAGCACGCCGGCAGCGCCCUGCUGAUCCCCUUAGUGCUCCUCCUCGCCCUGGUAUCCCGCCUCUCCGGUCCAUUCCAGGCCCUGUUUGUCAACAUGUCGAUCGGAUUCAUCACCGACCUGGCGCUGGUGGGGUGCCUGAAGGCCGCGGUGCGGCGCCCCCGGCCGGCGUACAACGACGCCGAGGACUACGCCCUGGUGGUGUCCGUGGACAGGCACUCCUUUCCAAGCGGCCAUGCAUCGAGGGCGCUAUUCAUCGCCGCGCUCACUACCGCAUGGGGGGUCCCCGCCCUUUGGCUGGCGCUGGCAUGGGCGUGGGGGGGCCUGGUGGGGCUAUCGAGGGUGAUGAUGGGAAGGCACUACUUGACGGACGUGGUGGGAGGGUGGGUUGUGGGGUUGCUGAAUGCCGUGAUCGUGACUGGAGGCACGCUGGGGCGGGGGGGGUGCCUCGUGCGCGAGGGGGAGCUGCACUGGGGCAAUGCGUCGUCGCACCUGAGGGAGGCGCGCGUGGGCGGUCACGGUCUGGGAUGA